AUGGGUGCCGGCAGCUCCAAGCCCGAGGCUUCGGGCGAUUCCAAGCACAUAUUUUCCAGCAAUUCCCCGGUUCAAUUCUCCUCCAACCUAGUUGAGGCCCUACAAUCCACGUCCGAGACCGAUUCUUCCCGAGCUAAGGCUGUCGAGCUCGAAAUCCAAAACCGCGUCGCGCAAGAACUCCAGCGCCUCCGCGAGCGCGAACAGCAAACCCUCGCCGAGAUCGAAAAGCGCCUGGCCGAAGUGAAAGAUACCGGCUCCCUGCCCGUAACCGCUGCGACCGCCCCCGUCGCCACCUCUUCCUCGGGUUAUCCCGUUGGCUCUCUGAACUUGGACGCGCCACGAAUUCCAUUUGCCGGUCGUGAGUACGAGGCCGCGCCUGUGUUCGCCGCGCCGCAGGAGACCCCGGCCGCCCAGCCUAUCGUCACCCGCGAUAUCUCGCGAAAUGAGGUGAUGAGCGAGAUCGACCAGCUCCGCAGCCGCCUGGAUGGACGAAGGAAAUUGGCGGAACUGGAUGAGGGCGUUGCGAAGGCUAAGGCUGAUGUUGUUGGUUGUCUGCGAUUGAAUGACCGACGGCCGUUAGACUGCUGGAAGGAAGUCGAUGCGUUCAAGCGGGAAGUUGCGAAGAUGGAAGCGGCUUUUGUGGAUCGCAUUGUGGGUUAG